CGCAGCUCAGCUCGGGCGUUUGCAAAGACCAGGCGGCCAGCAUGGGGUCCAGGGGCGGAGAGGGCUGGGCCAGCACCAUUGCUUCUUUCCGCUCAUGUCCCACGGCUUUCCUCUUAUCCCACGAGGCCGGAGACACCUUUGUGGCUGAGCUGUUGCAGGAGCUGCGGGGUGACAAACUUGGCGAGUCAGUCAAGGUCUCCGUGCUGACACUGUUCCUGGAAUACCCCACUCUGCUGUGCCCUGAUGCCAAGGCAGGCCAAGACGCUGCUGCGUCUCUCCUCUCCCUCUUUGCCCAGCUGGGUCCUCCCCCCAAGUACGUGUCUCUGAGGCGCCACCUGCUCUUCGCCACGGGGACGGUGCUGGUGACCACGGACGCCUUUGGCGAGGACUGUCCGGCCUCCGGCGAGUACCUCUCCCUGCUGCUCCACCUGGCCUCCGACCUCAAUGACCGCCGGGGGCCCCCUGCGGAGCGGCCUGUCCGGGCGGCCGCUUGCGAGUGCCUGCGGGAGCUGGAGUGCUGCUACCCCGGGUUGCUCUCGCAGCGCCUGGAGGUCCUCCGCUCCUUGCAACAGGAAGAGGCCUCCCCGGCCCACCAGGGCUACACCCUACUGUACAGCUCAGCUUUGCGCAACGCCGUUUUGCUCCUGGCCCGGAGUGGCCGGGGGACUCUCGGGGAGGUCCUAGCCGGCAGCGAGGGCCUGAAGUGGGAGGCGACGAAGGAAUGGGGCGGGGUCUCUUCGGACGCCAUCGACCAGCUAGCUCUUCUGCCCUCGCCGGGAGAUCUCAAGGAGCUGAAAUCGGUGGUCUCGGCCCUGCUGGAAGGCUCCUUCCUCCUCUCCCCGGCUGCCCAAAGCCACCUCCUGUGGCAGCUGGCCCAAGUGGUGAGCGUCGUGCGGACUCAGUCGCCUGCCAUCUUCAAGGCCCAGCUGGUGCGCCUCUUCGGCACGGCGGAUGCGGCCCUCCAGCACGCCAUCCUGCAACUCAAGUCCCUCUUCACCGACAGCCUCUUCACUGCCGAGGACGAGGCCUUCCUGCUCCGCCGGCUGGUGGGGCUGGCCCAGCACCCAGCCUUGCCCGCUCCGGUCAACCUCUUCCACCUGGACUGCCUCCUGCACUUCCCCGAGAACCGGCCUUUGGGCUCGGGCCCCGACGAGGGGCUGCCGGUCCUGCUCACGCCCCGCACCACGUCCGGCCUCUUCCCGGGCCUCUUUCAGGACCAGGGCACCGUCUUGGCCCGGCUGAACCUGAUGUGCCUGGUGUGCGUGGAGAGCGAGGGACCGGCCGCCGAACAAGGUGCGGGCUACCUCCUGGAGCACGUGCUGGCCCUUGGAGGCUUGGUGGGCAGGGGAGGCGGGCCGGAGGCCACCCGGCUUUUCUUCCGAGCGGUCUUCCUUUUUGCCCGGUACUUUGGGUCUCGGGAGCAGCCCAUGGCGGAGCUGACCCAGUGUUUGCUGAGCCUCUACCACCAGAACCACGCCCUGGCCCCGAACAUCAUCAACCUGUUGGACGUGGCCUGGGGGACGCUGGAGGAGACCGCUUGGGCCCGCAGUCUCGCCUGCUCCUUGCAAGAGCUCGUUGUGAGCGUGCCCUUGCACGAGGGAGACCUCGGGUGGCACCUGAAGGUCUUGGCCCGGCUGGCGAAGGAGAAAGGCAUUCCCCAAGCGAGCACUCUGCACUUCCUGAGGCGCCUGGUUGCCUCGGGCCGCCUCGGGGACUGGCGCUCGGGGCAGACCCUCCUGAGCGUCUGCCGUAACCUGAUGCAGCUCCGCCCGCCGCCCGCCCCGGCCCGCCUGGCGGACCUCCUGCAGGCCGUGUCCCUCAGCCCCGUGGACGUGGACGUCCAAGACCGGGCCCGGUUCUACUACACCCUCCUGGCCAACCUCUCCGACGAGAAGCUGAGGGCCGUCCUCGUCUCAGAGAGCCCCGUCAAGGCUCGGACCCUUUCCUCCUCCAUCGUGGCCGACAGCGAGAGCUUUGUGGCCGCCCUGACCGUGCACCGAGACGAGCGAGCCCCGCUGAAGCUGCGGCGCGUGGAGACGAGGGCCGACGGGCCGGCGGCUCCUCCUCCUCCCCCCGGAGAAGACGUGGACAGCUGCUGCCGGGGCUUGCUGGAGGCCCGCUCCCCCUCCCAGCUCCACUUGACCUAUCAGCUGGCCCACGCUGGUCCCUCUGCUCCCCCCUUCGGCCUCCUGCUGUGCGUGGUGCUGCGCUUCACGGGCACCGACCGGCACUACGAGCCCGUGCCGGACCUCUGCGUGCCCUGCCUCUCGGCGUACCGCCCGCCCCGGACCUUGACCCUGACCUUGGAGCCGCGUUGCCCGUACCCAACGCGGCUGGACGUCUCUGCCCUGUAUACGACGCAGGAGGGCUUCACCCGCUGCAGCCAGCUGGAGCCGUUGGAAAUCGCCUUCCCUGAUCUCUUCAUGCCCCUGGCGGUGCCGGCCUGGCCUCCGGAGAAGCAACGCCGCCUCUUCGACGCCCUCUGGUGUGAGCUUUGCCCCGAAAGCAAGGAGACGUGUGCCGAGAGCCUGACCAUCUGGCCCGUACCGCCUGGGUCCCUGGGGGGCCUGGUGCACGAUCACUUUGCUAGGUACAUUGUGUCCGAGCCGCCGGGCUCCUACGAAAUUGCCGCGGCCCUGCCUCCCCGGUACCACAUUCUGCUCCGGGUGCAGAGUGUGGAGGACGCGGCUCGGGUAGCCAUUCGCACCGACAACUGGAAGCUGUUGCCUUCACUUAACAGCUACUUGCAGAGUCUCGUUGGAGACCAGGCGAGCGUGUAGAGGGGGAGCCCGCAGCUCAGGGAAGCGGGGACGUUCUGGACUUACAAGGGGACACGUUCUCUGUCAGUGUCACGGUCAUUCUCAA